AUGAAAAAGACACUCGAGGAAGAAAAAAGCACCGAAUCAUCGAGAAUCAACAAAAAAAUGGGAAAAAGACCAAAUAAGGAGAAUGGCUAUGAAAAUUUGCAUAACGACAAUAAACUCGCGGUGUAUAUUGCUCUUAAAAAGAGAACAAGAGUGCAUUUGCAUAAAAAUAAAAAUGAAGGUGCGUUCUAG